GUUGUUUGUUUUCCCGCUGCACGUGCGCCUAUGAGUUAAAAGCAGACCAGCCUCCAGUUUCCUCAGAACUGUAACAAGAAUCAGACGUGAGAACGUUCCUCUUUAGGAUCACCGACUUCAUCUAUGAGGAGGUGAAAGCCAACAAGAACUCUGCUUCCAUGCCAGCGAUGCCUCACAGGUGUGACGUCACUUGUCUCGGCCCCUUGACCUUUCACAGUCGGGCUGGAGACCGGAUCCAACUGAGUGAGGGCGACCGACGAGCUGAGAGGAUCGGGGACACGUUCAGAGAUGGUCUGGUGUUCAGCAGCCGUCCGGUGAGGGUCAACGAGAGGAUCCGUGUGUGUGUGCAGAAGCAUGCGUGCAAAUGGAAGGGGGCGCUGCGUGUGGGCUUCACCAACCUGUCUCCAUCAGCAAGGACUCUGCCUCUGCCCCCCAUGGCCAUCCCCAACCUCACCAGUGUCCACGGUCACUGGGCCGCUGUGGUUCCAGAGGCCUUCUCUCCUGUGGGCUCAGAGCUGCAGUUCUGGGUCUCUAAUAGUGGUAAAUUAUUCUGGGAAGGCCACAACACCGGGCGCCACAAGCUGCUGUCAGGAGUGGACCUCAGCAAGCCGCUGUGGGCUGUAAUUGACCUCUACGGGCAGACGUGCUCCAUUUUCCUCCUCGGUUCUGAGAAAAAGGAUUGGGUGUUCACCAGAAGAUCCUGCCCAGCACCGGCGCCUCUCAUCGAACCUCCGCCCAGUUUUAAUCCAGAUUUUUUGAGUCCGUGUGAAAACCGUGAAGACGUUGUCUCCUCUCCAAACAGGGAAAUCUCAGCAGGAAGCAGCUGUGUGGCGUGCAUGGUGAAGGAACCCACAGUGACUCUGAGAUGUGGACACCGGUGUUUAUGCAGUCCCUGUACCUUAAAGGUCAGGCAGCACAUUGGUUCCUGCCCGCUGUGCCGACAGCAGAUCUGAGCUCCGCCAGAGAACUCUUAGACUACAAAUGCAA